AGGAAAAAUUAAAUUUAUAGUACACACUAAAAUAUUCAAAUUGUUAGCACAGGUAAGUAAUUUUGGUUACUCCAAUAAAAGUCAAUGCUCUGGUUCCCUUUAUAGUUUAUAUGAAUUUGAUUGCUUUCUUCACAGUAUUAGGUUUUGUCUUUUUUUAUUUAUUAAGCCAUAGAAUUCACUUUUCAUGGCUCAAUCACAAAGUCCAACACCCAUUUAGUGUGAAAGUUCUUUCAACGACUUAAGAACUCAGCACGUUCAUUGAUUUUUAUGCAAAUUAUGCACACUUUAUAAAUAGUUGGCUUAGUUUACUAAACAAGAGGAAUUUGCAUAAGACGGAUCGCCAGACAAUGUGCAUAAAUCUGAAAUGAGCUAUUUUAACGGUAGUUUGAAUGAUUCUCCCCGAUUGCCCAUCUUCAGGGCAUUGUCCCCAUAUAAAAGAAGUGACAAUGAUCUGAUUUUGGUUAGUUUACAGCAUGUCGUCGCAUUUGGAAGUUCGCCUUGCGAACUGGAUUAUUUUGGUGGUACUUUUCGGAGGUGUUUGCGCCAAGAAUGAUGCCUCUGUGCCUCGACAUAUUACCCUGCAAACUGGUAGUCCGGCUCCAGCUUCGCCGCCACAAGAAGUGAUUAUUGAGGAGGACUACGAUCACCAUCAUCAUCAUCAUCCGCCGGCUUACCCGCCCAGCUAUCCGUAUCCGCAGCCUCAGCCACAGCACUGCCACUGCCCACCGGGUCCUCCAGGUCCUCCAGGUCCACCGGGUCAGCCGGGUCAGAAGGGUUAUCCCGGACCGAAAGGAUCCAAGGGUGAGCCUGGCGAGAAGGGACCCAAGGGUGAUAAGGGUUAUCACGGUAUGCCUGGAUUACCUGGUCCACAGGGUCCACCUGGUUACCCCGGAGGAUCCUAUCCCCCCUAUCCCUACCCACCUCCACCUCCACCUCCUUCUUCACCUGGACAUGGCGGAGGACCAAAAGGACCUCCUAGGUAUUACGAUCAGUACUACAAUGAGGAGGACAAUGAGUAUGGCGAUGAGCGAGCCUUAAGAUUUUUUGAAGAGGAUCAGACUGACAAACAACCCCUCAUCUUGGCCUUUAGUCAUUAUAGAAAUCCGUUCACCACAAAAGCCAAUAAAAGAAGAAAUUAA